CCUAUUUUGGAUUUUUGAAGAAAAAACAUUCUUUUUUUGAUCGGUCGCAUUGAAAACGAGUUUAUUCAAAAUUGCUCAAGUUCAUACAAUUUUUUCGCGAAAAUAUAAGGCAAAUUUCAAUAGUCGUGAUUCUAAGGAGACAAUAAAGCCAUCAUAAAAAUGAUUUAUUUCAAUUGCAUUUUCUGCAACUUCGACUAAAUAUUUAAAAUAAUUUAAUUUAUAGGCGAGAAAUAUAAAUCUAGUUAUUGAUUAAAAUGUUGAUCAUUAUGAGAGGAGUAUAUCUCAUUUAUUUUUCAUUGUUGCUUUUUCAGUUAUCACUUAUCGUUCGUUCGCAAGAUUAAUGUCAAUGUGCGUGCAGUUGUAGCUGCGAUCAUUUAUUAAACUGGUUACAAUACGUUCCUACCGAUUGUUUUUAGUAAAUUACUCUCACUGCAAGUACUAUCUUAAUUUACUCGUCAGAAAUCAUAGUGCAGUGAAGAUUUUAUUGGAUUGCUAAAUAUGGCACAUUGGAAGCGACCAGAAGGACCAUUAAACGUAUGGAGAAUCGUUGAUGGUUACGAGCGAAUGGAGGAUGGGUCAAAAAAACCAAUCAAAUUUUCUAUUCAAGAUAUUCCUGACGAUGAGUCCAGACGACAGGAAGUCUUGGAUCAUUUUUACGAUUACUUUUUAGAGGAUGAGCCAGUGAGCAAAUCCACAAAAAUCAAACAAGAUCCAGAUGGUGUAGCUGAUUUUCAAAGUGUUUGGAAUUAUGCCUUGGAUCAAAGAGUAGUUAUAGGUUGUUAUAAGUUAGACUCGGACGGAAAAAUUGAUAAAUUAGUUGGAGCCAAUAUUGUUUUCAUGGUGACAAAAGAUUCUUCCAAAGAUAUGAAAAAUUUUAAAUCUGAGAACUUCAAAAAAAUUUGGCGACUAUUCGAAGAUCUCGUGAGCAAUGCAGAUGUUUGCAAAAUCUAUAAUGUUGAUAAAUACAUUAGUUCGAUAAGUCUUAGUGUUUUACCAGAGUAUCGUGGACAAAAACUUGGACAAUAUAUUCUAGAAACGAGAGACGACUUGGGCAAAAAAUACGGUUUUCCUGCAACCUCUACGAUGUUUACAGCAGCAGCAUCACAACGUCAAGCAGAGCGCGCCGGAUUUGAGGAAAAAUUUUCUAAAAAUUAUGCAGAUAUUGUAGAUGAGAAUGGAAAGCCUCAAUUUCCUAACAUCACUUCUAAGUGUGUAAAAAUUAUGAUGAAACGUUUUGCUCAUUAAAAUAUUUUUAUGAAUUUAUUUCCAA